AUGCUGUCAAGCUCGGCGGCCCCCUGUUCGAAAUUUACAUUUUUACUUCGCACGACCAAUCGCGGUAAAAAGUACUACCCAGGUUGGCGUAACCCGUUCAACCUCACAGACCAUGACAACUUAAGUAAAGCUGCUCCAUCCAUUACGGAGCAGUGGGAAGCUGAUUGGGCCUCUAGCAAAGUCGUUCCUCCAGUACUAAAGGCUUUCGACAUUAGUAGGCUUCCCCAUCAUCUUGUUUCUCGUAAUAAGCGAGAGCCUCCGCCUGUUAAGUAUGACCAUGAACGGCAUCAUGCAUAUCAGCGCAGAUUGUUUGGCCUUUAUGGGCUUUCAAGCGGUGUCAACCCCUGCGAAUUGUUUGACUCCAAAGAGGACCUAGAGAGGGAAAAGGAGAUUAAGAAGCUCCUAGAGCCUGAAAUCGAGGAGUUCAAGCGGAAUCAGGCCGAAGCAAUAGCGAUGAAGGCGAGGGAAGAGGAGCAAAGGGUUCAGAAGAUCACAGCAAACCUUCAGCGGUUGCCCGAAAUGUUGGCAAAGUACCGAGCAACUCAAGAGAAAAAAGCCCUUGAAGCUCAAACCCUGGAAGCAAAGAAGAGACAACUCCUCGAAGAUGCUCGAGAUCGCUUCGGGUACUACGUGGACCGACACGACCCGAAGUUCAUUCGACUUGUUCAGGAAAAAGAAGAGGCCGAAAAGCUGUCAAAGAAGGCCUCUAAAAAGAAAUAA